AUGAAUCCGUAUCUGCGCUGGGCGAUUUUGCUUCUCGUCGCCGGUGGGCUGGCUUACUACUACCGAAAGGGUUCUCCCAAGCCGAAAUCAUCCUCCAUCAGAUCGAGCCUGGAGAAAACAGACCAGUCUCUGUCGACUAAAAAGCUAAAACAGCGCAAGCCGAAGAAGGCGCCUGAAGCGACAAAUACCAGUGGUAGCCCUACCCCGACCCCGCAACCUCAACCGGGAGUAGCGCCUGCCACAACGUCUGCCGCUGCCGAUGAGGGCAUGAGCAACCUCGAGUUCGCUAAACAGUUCUCCAAGGUGAGAGAAGGAAAUGCUAUCGCGACCGGUACCUCGAAGAAGGCGACUCCAGCACCCCAGCCGGUAUCUCGCCCGAUGACGGGAGGCAGCGAUGCGCCUGGUUCGACCAGUGCUUCAUCUUCGAUGACCGGAGCGGAUGCAGAUGACGAUCUGUCUCCCAUCGGAUCCCCAGUCAUCAAGCCAGCUGGCGACGUAUCCGACAUGCUCGAGGCACCUGCACCUGGAGCGUCUGUCCUCCGACUCACCGGAUCGAUUGAAGACGAGCAGAAGGCCAAGAAGAAGACCAAGAAGUCGGAUGGAUUUAAACCGGCGGAGACCAAGAAACAGAGACAGCAGCGAAUCAAGAGGGAGAAUAACAAGCGAAUGGUUCAAGAGGCGGAGAUGCAGAGACGGGCUCUUCUUGAGAAGCAGCUCCACACUGCCCGCGAGCACGAGCGCCAGGAGGCCGCGAAGUCCAAGCCACCAACCUCAAACGCGUGGGCGCCUACUGCUCUCACGAACGGAGUGAAGAAGACCGAAAGCUCCCCGGCUGCGCUCCUUGACACUUUCGAGCCAGGCACCAAGGACGCUACCCUCAAGUCAAAGGACAAUAAGAACAACAAAGGUUCAGCGGCAGCGCCAAAGAACUGGACGGAUGACUUACCUUCAGAGGAAGAGCAGAUCAGGCUUUUGAGUGCCAUGAGCAGCGAGAAUGAAUGGACGACGGUUUCAAACAAGAAAAGGGACCGGCGCCGAGCAAACAUUUCAGGUGGGGCAAUGAGUGAUACAAGCACCUCAGACGCCCAGGUUGUCAAGCCUGAACCUGAACCUGUUGUGAAGAGCCGUCCCCCAGUAGAAGAGAAGACAUGGACAGAGCAAGGCCAUCCUCUUGAUUCUGAAUGGGCUGCGUGAACAGGAAACAAAUUUAAAAAAGAAAAGAACAAAGAAAGCCAGCAUCUAUUUACUCUCCACACCUUUAACCAUCAGCAAGCAGGCAAACAGCACUCACAUUGCAAUCCUCACCGCGCUCUUCUCAACUGAUGCAAUGUAAGAGUUAUUUUAGCAUUUGUGCACCUGGUGUUUAGUUUUUUUUUUUUUUCUUUUUAAGGCUAUCUCUGUUUUUUUUGUCCUUUUUUCUGCUUCUGGUUUUCUACAAAACAAACUCUCCGGCACGGUCACAAUACGACUUCAGUUGAUCUAGGGACAUCCCAUUUGAGUCUCAGGUCAAGUAUGCUCUAAAUCUCAUUUUUAUACCAUGCAGAUGAGGCAUUGUCACAAAAGGAGUUUCAAUUCCUAGUCAAGCAAUCCCUUUUAUAAUUGAGGCAAAGGUUGUUUAUGCAGCUGAUCUCCUGGUGCUCCAGAAUUCACCUACUGUGACAACUUUAUACCCUCCGCCCUCAUAUUCCCUCUCCUUUUCAUCCUCUCUUCUACAUUUCAGCUCUACCCUUGAUACACCAAAAAAAACAAUUCCCUGUCUGAACUCAUGACCUUCAAAUGCAGCCCAAGAGAGCCUGUUAUGUGUCUUUAUUUAAUUAUGUUUUUUCAUCCAUGUUGAGUGCUUCUUCA